AUGAAGAGGCCAUCAGCGGCGCCAGAUCUGCUGCUGUAUCCGCGCGGCAGCGGCGUCCAGGAGCUCUUCCAGUUCGAGGCGGACAUGUUCAAGGCCAUGGCCGAUCAACAUGUCACUGGCUGGCCCGAGGAUAUUCAGAAGCUAGCGGAUUGCAACAUUAUUAUUACGGAGUCCUAUGCUGGCACUUGCGCCCAAAGCUACGCCCACAAAAGGAUGUUGGAUUGGAUGAUCAAGACUACCAGCGGCAAGGGCAGGGUCAUCUUCUACUCCACCACCGAGCACGGCACCCACCAGCAGAGGCUUAUCUCCAAGAUGUCGCAAUCCCACGGCCAUCGCCCACUUCACCGUUUUGGGGAUUUGCUGGAUCGCGUCCCGCAGGAGGUUAAGAUGAGGGGGGUGGCCAUCAUGGAGUCGCUGAUGAGCGACGCGAAGAGCUUCGCCGUCAGGGCCGCGGCGUCGCCGGAGGCCCCUUCGUAUUCCAAGAAAUGGGUCGACGAGAGGAGGGAGUCCUUGGGCAAGGAGCUGUUCUUGGAGCUGGACUUGCUCGUCAGGGAGACGCGUAUGUGCACCGCGGCGUACUGCUUCGAGCACGGUAAGCACUGCAACAUCAAUCCCAGAGACAGCAUAGAGGCGCUGACGAAUUUCGAAGGUUAUGAUCCCCACUUGGAGACGGUCUGGUUCGAGCUUGCCGGGAACACUUGUUGUCCGUGGAGCAGGUUGGUCUCGGGCAUGUGCCGCCACUACUUGGACCCGGCGACUUUCCCCAUGCUUGUGUGGGCGCAUUCAUGUAAGAAGAUGAGGCCGACCGCCAUUAUCCAAGAGAACGUGGAAGGUUUUGAAGAAAUUGGCAUGGUGGACUUGCUGGCCGAACAACCGAGGCCAUUCGCGCCCGUGGGCGAAUCGGCGGCAUACAGUUGCGUGGUGCUCAAGGGGAAGCCCCUGGACGUUGGGUUCCCAGCUUCAGGCGCCAGGAAGUUCUUGCUGGCGAUCCGCAAUGAGUGUUGCUGCUUCAAGACCCUGAAAGUGAACCCGGCCAUGGUUGGGGUUGAGGCGGCGGCCGCCGCUGCAGAUGAUGGUCCCCAGGGCGACGCCGAAUCGAUCAGCCAGGCUGGCAGCCAGGUAGCUGUGUACAUGCUCAAGGAUAUCUUCAAGCCAUUCUCCCAGAACGUCGAUCUCGCGGACAUGCUGCGAGCGACCCCCGAGAUGAUUGACUCCCUCCUGACUGAGAGGUUCGAUAACGACCAGCUCUACGGCCUCGACAGCGCCAACUCCAGCUUCUUCGACUCGCUGCUACCGUCGCAGAGGCGUCGCCUCCACGACCACGAGGAGAAGUGCAUCGACAUGGGCAUCUGCGACGUCGGCCUGCCUGGGACCCCGAACGAGUUUGAGAAGAAGUGGUCUGUCGGCGCGGCCAUUGUAUGCCUGAACAACGAGAGCGGCUACGUCAGCGCCAACACCAUGGCCUUCCCCAGGCUCCUGAAGGGGUCGAUCCUGUACGACAUGGUCACUGAGAGAGCCCUCGUGCCAGAGGAGCUCUGGUUCAUGCAGGGGUGGCCAGUGCCCGGCAUGCUGCCCAGGUCUUUGACGAGGUCAUUUCCUCACGAGACGUGCGAUUUCCAGGAGAGCCAACACAAGGUGUUCAUGGGGAACUCUGUGCACGUCAACCUUGCAGCUGCCGUUUCAGCCUUUGCCAUUGGCGCGGUCCUGUGGCCCCAGGGUGACCCCGCCUGGCCUCAGCCAGCAGCUCAGCUGGCCCUGCCCAGCAGCGGGCCUGCGGCCGCUGCGGCGGCGGCCCAGGCCCCGGCCGCCGCGACCCCUGCGGACCCGCGCCCCGCGCCGCCUGGCGCCUAG